UUUGGAGGACUGCUCUAAAAUAAACGUCUCUCCUCCCAUCUCUCUCUCAAUCUCAAUCUCAAUCUCAAUCUCAUCUAUCUAAAAUGGAGGAUUCAGCUAAAAUCGUGUAGCUCUGCAUAUGUGAAAUCCCUAUACCCUCCAAUCAAAUUACAACACUCUUUUUUUCUCCCUAUUCUUCCCAAAAGCAAAUGGAGAAUUCAGCUGCAACUUUUGAGCAAAUGUGAAGGAAUUCAUCCCUUGAAUCUAACUACCAUUCCAUUUUGCAUCUCCCUUCAUCAUAUCCUCUCAAAAAAUGGAGGAUCCCUCAAAAUCCAUUACCACCUCUCUCUUGGACAAGGCAUCUUCCUCAACAACAAUAGAAGAACCCAACACCUCCCCUGAGAAUUCACCCAUCGAGCAAGUCGCCCUAACGGUCCCCGUUACCGAUGAUCCUUCCCUACCCGUUUUAACGUUCAGGAUGUGGUUCUUAGGGGGCCUCUCUUGCGUUGUUCUCUCCUUCCUCAACCAAUUCUUCUGGUACAGGACCGAGCCUCUGAGUAUAACCUCGGUUUCAGCACAAAUUGCGGUUGUGCCCCUAGGCCACCUCAUGGCCGCCGUCCUACCUACUCGCCCCUUCUUCAAGGGCAAGCGUUGGGAAUUUACGCUGAAUCCAGGGCCUUUUAAUGUGAAGGAACAUGUUCUUAUAACUAUUUUUGCAAAUUCAGGGGCUGGAUCUGUUUAUGCUAUACAUAUUGUGAGUGCAGUGAAGAUAUUUUAUAAGGAGACCCUCUCUUUUUUUGUGGCCUUUUUGGUUGUCAUCACUACUCAGGUGUUGGGGUUCGGAUGGGCAGGGAUAUUUCGGAAAUAUUUGGUGGAGCCAGCGGCUAUGUGGUGGCCAUAUAAUCUUGUCCAGGUAUCGCUGUUUGGAGCUUUGCAUGAGAAGGAAGAGAGACGAAAAGGAAGCCUAACACGAAACCAGUUCUUCCUCAUUGCUCUAAUGUGCAGCUUUGCAUACUAUGUCCUACCCGGCUACCUAUUCCCCAUGCUCACCUCUCUCUCUUGGAUUUGUUGGAUUUUCCCUAAGUCAGUGUUAGCCCAACAACUGGGCUCGGGCCUUUAUGGCUUGGGCCUUGGUGCAAUUGGGCUAGAUUGGUCCACCAUUUCCUCUUACUUAGGCAGCCCACUAGCUAGCCCUUGGUUUGCAACUGCUAAUGUGGCUGCAGGUUUCUUCAUAGUCAUGUAUGUUAUAACUCCACUAUCAUAUUGGCUUGAUCUCUACCAUGCUAAAAGGUUCCCUAUAUUCUCGGAGGACCUCUUUACGUAUUCCGGCCAAGAGUAUAAUAUUACGGCCAUUAUCGACUCGAACUUCAAUAUUGAUUUGGAGGCGUAUGAGAAGGAAGGGAAGCUGUACCUUAGCACGUUCUUCGCGAUGACUUAUGGUGUUGGGUUCGCUUCUCUCUCUGCGACUGUGGUUCAUGUGGCUCUCUUUCAUGGCCGAGAAAUAUGGCAAUUGAGCAAAUCUGCAUUCCAAGAAAAGAAGAUGGACAUUCAUACCAGACUCAUGAGCAAGUACAAGCAAGUACCAGAGUGGUGGUUCAUCACUAUCCUUAUAAUAAACAUUGCAGCCACCAUUUUUGCUUGUGAAUAUUACAAUGCGCAACUUCAAUUACCAUGGUGGGGAGUCCUACUAGCAUGUGGCAUUGCCAUUUCCUUCACUCUUCCAAUUGGAAUAAUCACUGCAACCACUAAUCAACAACCUGGCCUAAAUAUCAUCACCGAGUAUAUUAUUGGAUAUCUAUAUCCUGGUCGACCAGUGGCAAAUAUAUGCUUCAAAGUUUAUGGGUAUAUCAGUAUGACACAAGCUGUGACAUUUUUACAAGACUUUAAGCUUGGCCACUACAUGAAGAUACCACCACGAGCAAUGUUCAUGGCACAGAUAGUAGGAACUCUGAUCGCAGCCAUGGUCUACCUAGGAACUGCAUGGUGGCUUAUGAAUGCAAUCCCCAACAUCUGUGACACUUCAGUGCUUUCCUCUGAUAGCCCAUGGACAUGUCCCAUGGACCGCGUCUUUUACGAUGCUUCUGUGAUAUGGGGGCUCAUUGGACCACGUCGAAUUUUCGGUGACCUUGGUACCUACUCAGCUAUCAAUUGGUUCUUCUUAGGUGGAGCUAUCGCCCCCCUUCUUGUAUGGCUUGCUCAUCGCGCCUUCCCUGACAAAGAAUGGAUCCGUCUCAUCAACAUGCCAGUUUUAAUAGGGGCAACAAGCAUGAUGCCUCCGGCCACUGUGGUGAAUUACACUAGUUGGAUUUUGAUGGGAUUUAUCUUCAGUUUCGUUGUUUACAGGUAUAAACGUGAUUGGUGGACACGCCACAAUUACGUCCUUUCUGGUGCACUAGAUGCAGGUUUAGCCUUUAUGGGGGUGUUGCUAUACUUGUGCCUAGGGCUUGAGGACAUAAGCAUUAGUUGGUGGGGUUCAGACCUUGAUGGUUGUCCCUUGGCUUCUUGCCCUACAGCAAAAGGGGUGGUAGUCGAAGGCUGCCCUGUUUACUAAUUGCGUAUAAAAGUGUGCUUUCUUAGGUGUGUUUCAGGUUUCAAGAGCCACAUGUAUGAUCUCCCUCUCUCUAUAUGUCUGUAUAGAAGGGUGCUCACAGCAUACAAAGAAAUAUCUUGCGGGGCCAAACCAAAGUGCAAUUUGUUAUGUGAACAGGAAAACAAAAAGGAAAGUUACAAUUAUUUGUGGGAAUGCACAGGAGACCAUUAGGAAUUGCACAAAGUUACAAUUCUUUGUGGGGUUCUUGAUUUUGAGUUGGCUUAAACUCUCAUGGGAUCAGCUAUAGAUAUUUAUAAUUGAAUUUGUAAAAUGUUAUCAAGCUACAUUGAUUUGAGCUAUGAAAUGAUGAAACCAAGUAUUAAAUCA